AUGGUAGAGCGUACUUAUGUGAAGCUAGAUGGCAUAGCCUACUACGCACAUGAGGAAGCAGACUCCCCUAGAGAAAGUGUUGGGCUCAUUUUCGCACAGGUGGUGAUGGGUAGGGAAGGUCUCAAACCUAGUGGUAAGAGUUAUUUAAACUUCUGUUUUUUGCAGUAUGUGACACUAAAAGAGAUGCCUGCUGUGCUUGUUUUCAAAGAUGAAACUUACUUUGUGUAUGAUGAGUAUGAAGAUGGUGAUCUGUCAUCGUGGAUCAAUAGGGAGAGGUUUCAGAAUUAUCUUGCUAUGGAUGGCUUCCUCUUGUAUGAACUUGGAGAUACAGGAAAGCUCGUGGCUAUUGCAGUUAUUGAUGAGAAAAACACAUCCAUUGAACAUACCAGAUUAAAGUCAAUUAUUCAGGAAGUUGCUAGAGAUUACAGAGACCACUUUCAUAGGGUUUUUCAGUUUGGCCAUAUGGAUGGAAAUGACUAUUUAAAUACCUUGCUGAUGGAUGAAUUGACAGUCCCAACUGUAGUUGUACUGAAUACUUCAAACCAACAAUACUUCUUGCUAGAUAGACAGAUUAAGAAUGCUGAAGACAUGGUCCAGUUCAUUAAUAACAUUUUGGAUGGCACAGUAGAAGCCCAAGGAGGUGAUAGCAUUUUGCAGAGAUUGAAAAGAAUAGUAUUCGACGCCAAAUCUACUAUUGUGUCUAUAUUCAAGAGCUCACCACUUAUGGGCUGCUUUCUCUUUGGCCUGCCACUGGGUGUCAUCAGUAUCAUGUGCUAUGGUAUCUACACAGCUGACACAGAUGGAGGUUAUAUCGAAGAACGAUAUGAAGUGUCUAAGAGUGAAAUUGAAAGCCAAGAACAGAUAGAAGAGAGCAAAGAAAAACAGGAGCCAAGCAGUGGAGGAUCUUUAGUGCCUGCAGUGCAAGAACCCAAGGAUGUAUUAGAAAAGAAGAAAGAUUGAGACUUUACUAGUAUAAAAUAUUUGAUAGGAUUUCAAAUUAUUAAAGAAUCUAUUUAUUGAAUUUAGACAUUUAAUCAUGAUCUUUACAGAAGAAAACAUGUUAUUUGUAUUUUGCUAAUAUCAACAGCAUGGAUUAAAGUACUCCUUCCAUAAAUGUG